AUGUGCUCGGCCAAAUACGGGGCUUGCCUGCGGGCUCUGGCCGGGCACUCUACAGUGCUCGACCCCACUGCCGGGCUGAAGGUGGUGCUGUUCAGUACCUCCGCCCUUUUCAUGUCACGGAUCGCAUGCAGCCGCACGUAUGUGCACUUCACUACCUUUGACGUGGCCACAGCGGGGUUUGCCGAAACACGCAAGCAUCACGACGUUGCUCUGGAGCUUGAUCUCUUGCAUGCCGUGCAGAUGGGCAUGCAGCUCCACGUGGCCGCGGGGGAGACUCUCCUUACUGCCGGCGUCCCUUUCCGGGCGCCCUGUGGGGAGGAUGUGGUCGGUGUGCCGCCCUCCUGCCUCAAAGCGGCCUUUGACCUGCCCUCGCAGCGGGACAUCACUGCCGCUGUGGCUGCUGAGCAUAUUGAGCGGGGCCUCUCCUCCUCGUUUCCCCCGGGGCCGCCUGCGCCGGUGUCCUCGGCUUCCCCUGUUCGUGCGGAGCCCAGUCUUACUCGCCCCAAGGAGCGGGACGCUGCGGCUGCCUCUCCCGAAGCCGGGGCCGACGACCCGCCGUGUGCAGUCCCACGGGCUGCCUCGGCUGAGCUUGGCCCCAACUCUCCUGAGUACGAUCCUUUCUCCUCUCCACCCGCCCCGAGCACUCGUGAUGCCGACAGUGCUCCCGGCGCUGCUGAGGAGCCUGAGCCACACACAGGCACCACCCUGCCCUCACCUGACGCGCCUGCCGGUGCGGGUGAGGAGGCCGAGCGUCACUUCCGGCUACGCCGUCAGGCGACGCGGCGUGCACUGAGCCCUCCCCUGCGGACCAUGGAGCUUCAGCGAGUUUGCCCUCCGUAG